AUGGCUCCACAGUACAGACAUCAACCUCAACGACAACAGCAUCGACAACGCCUGCCUACAAGUUCUGUACCAACAGAACCACCGCAAGUCACUCGACAAAAAUACGAAGAAGCGAAACGUGAGCUUCAAGCUUUGUUGACAAGGAAAAAGCAAGUGGAUACAAACUUGGUGAAUCUGGAAAAUGCAAUUUAUUUGUUUGAAGGGUCCUAUUUAGAAGAUACACAACAAAAUGGCAACAUCAUACGUGGUUUCGACGGCUAUUUGUCAAACCGUAUGGAUCGCAGGAAGCCAAAGUUUACAGAAUUAGAUAGAUUGUUUUCGUUAUCGUCAUCAACGUACCAAAAAGCAUUAGCACAAAAAGAAGAAAAAGAGCAGGAUUCUAGUCAAGAGGAUUCCUCGUCCGUCUCAGCAAGGAAAGAAAAAAAGCGCAAACUGAAAGGACAGGACUCGACUAGUUUGAAAAAGAAGAAAGCUUCUGCAGGCAAAGAUACAGAGGAUGAACUGGAUGUGUGA